AUGGCAGGGCCAAACAUAACUAAACCCAAAUUUAAUGAAUACCUACAACAACGAAUGACAGAGAGAGCAGGGGGAAAAGAACAGUAUAAGACAGUUAAAAAAGUAUGGGAGCAGGUGAAGUUGAGAUGGACACAGGCAGGUUACCUCAGAGGGGGACCUCCCUCGGAGGAAGAACUCAAGAUUAUGGAGAAAGGUCUAGAAGUGGCAGUUGAGAAAGCCAAGGGGGAGGAAGAAGGAAAGAACAAGGCACAUAAGUUUAAGAAUAAGGGAACUAAGGAAAGAGAGAGGGCUGAGGGAAAGCUGAGAAUAGGGACAUGGGCAUUAGAGGAGAGCAGGAGGGUGCAGCCAAAGACGAUGUGUGUGGCCACUGCAGCUCCAGUAGAGAUCCAAACCCCAUUCAAGGGUUCUCCUACAGCUCCCCCAGAGGCCAACACCAGCACCACACCUGUUCCCACUUCACUAUACCCAUUGUUGACAAAGGAGGCACUGCGGCCCCCACCAUACACACCAGGACAGGAUCCUCAGCCUGCAAUACAGGCCCCUGUUCUAACAGUAGGAGAAGGGAGCCUGAAAGGCACCAUGACUUUUGACAUAUCUGGAGGGCAGUUGCUGUGUGAACAGCCGCCCUCUACCAGCACUCCAUAUCAACCCAAAGAACGAGAAGGGGGAGACCCGACCUCUCCUGGAGGUCGCUCCCUGCUCUCUUUUAACAACCCUGUGAGCGGAGUGAAUAGUGGGUGUCACCAACAACUGAACCCAGAAUUUUUCAGACAACAUUCUUCACAGGACCUUAGAGGGGGAAGGCGUGGCCAAUUGAGCAAUCAAAGCAGAGAUAUGGAAGAUGAUGAAGACAGAAGAGCUUACAUUAGCGAACUGGAUAAAAACAGAAGGAUACCCACUGAAGAUGAAAUAGAAAGUGAAAUUAAAAAAUUGGAAAUCCAAUUAGGAAGAUCCCGAGCUGAAGUUGAGGUGCUCCUUGCUCCAGGUGAGAACGAAGGGGCCGAGUACCUAGUGGAGGGAAUAAUGAGAGGAACAGUGACAAACGUGACAGAUACCUUGAGAGAUAUCACAACACAUGAGCAACAUCGGAGGUCAGCCAGAGUGGCAGAGAGGAACAGGACAGGAGGACCCCAAAGAACAGACUGGGAAACCGAAAGGUCAAGAAUGUGCCCUCUCAGGCCUGCAGCUAAUCCGGCCUAUGUGGAGUAUGAACCAUGGAAGAUGACUGAUUUGACUACACUAAUGGAACAAAUGCCCAGUCUGCAUGGAGGAGCGUCCUCCUGGUUGAACAAACUACAGACUCUCACAUCAGGUCUGAACCUAUGUCUAGGUGACAUGAGGGCAUUAGUUGCAAGAGCAACUAAUCAUGGAACAAUGACCAGCAUCAUGACAGCUGCAAACCUAGAUGGAAGGGCAGCUACCCUGCCUCUAGAUCAUUUCAGGACAAAUCUAUGGGAUGCGUUGCGAAGGGCCUACCCCACAGAAAGAAACCAGGCCUUGCUUUCCUCCUUCACCAUCAACCCAGGAGAGCAUCCAGCUGAGUAUCUAGACAGAGCCAAAACUACCUGGAGGACAGUAAAUGAAGAACCAUUUGAUCACACUGAUACAACCCUCAACAUGUGGAAGGAGAUGGUGAUCAAUGGAUGCCCAGGGGAUGUGAAGACCAAGCUACGUGCAACAGUGGGUUUAACAACCCUUCCCUUGACGCAAUUCAACGCACAUGUGCACCACCGCGUUACUCAACACAACAAGGACAAAGGGGGAGCUGAGAGUCAGGUCCAAUCUCUCCAAGUACAACUACUAAAACUCCAACUAAAGGAGGCCCAAAAAGGAGAAAAACCAAAGAAACAAAUGCUAGCAGAAGAAACAACAGGUGAGAACGUGAUGCCUGACGUCUCUCAAAUUGUAGCCCAGACUGUAUCCCAGAUGAUACAAUUACAAACACCCCCUCUCCAAGGAAAUCUGGACCAAUACCCGCCCCAACCACCAUUUCAGCCAACCCAACCUUGGCGAAGACCCCCUCCAAGUCCAAGGGAUGGGUAUUAUCUGUGUUACAAUUGUCAAACACCCGGCCAUUUUCGCCGUGAUUGCCCCCAGCCAAGACAGGACAACAAUAAACAAACCCCUUGGAGAGGACCUUAUAGAGGUGCACGCAACAACAGGGGAAUGGGGAGGGGUGAAAGACCACAACCAUACCAACAACCACAACAAUCACCAGGCAACCAACAAGGACAAGGCCAACCACAUAACCAAGCAGAGUUUCAAGGCAUGGCAGGGGAACCCAUGUUCUGGCCAUGAAGGUGCCCACCACCUACGACAGAAAGAGGGGGUGGCAGAGGACAGGACGAACUCUGGAGGUGCCAUGAUGGAAGACAAGUCGAACCAGCUGGACUCUGCCGAGUCCCACACAUCUGGUGGCACCCUCACAUGACAGAAACUGUAGACAGGUUUUCAAAAUGGGUAGAGGCAAUUCCUACAGAAAACUACAGAAAUAGAGGAUGAUAGGUCAGUCAUUAAGUGGCUACAAACUAAGUUAAUACCCAGAUAUGGUAUACCAGGGCAGAUAAGAUCUGACAACCACACAUUUUAGCAACAAACACCUGAAAAAGGUGGAGGUAAGAUUCGGAAUCAUGCACAGAUUCGGUUCAGUAACAUCCACAGUCCCAACCAAACAUUUAAAGCUAAAAUAACAAAGGUUUGUGCAGGAACAAAAUUAACAUAGGUCCACCAAGGGAGGGAGGUCAUAUGCCCUCCCUUGAUGUACAACAGAUAGAAAUGACUGAUUAUGUGUAGAAAUUGACGGAAUUUUCUGCAGCACUCUCUUCUCAGGUGCAGAAGGCCCAAGAGGGGGAGCUGUCAGGAAACACGCCACCACUGAAGGUAAAAGUGGGAAACUGGGUGAGGGUGAAAGUCCACAAAAGAAAGUGGCUGGAACCCAGGUGGACUGGACCGUACGAAGUGAAGGAGGUUACUUCACACUCAGUCCAGGUCAGAGGUAA